GGGAUAGCAUAUUCAGUUAGUUACGAUAGACACAAUGUGCUAUCAGUGCGAUGUUUAGAUAAGGUGCGGUCACGGCGUGCACUUCGAAAAGCCGGUCUCCCAACCGCCGUUCGGCAAUCAGUUCGAUUAGUCGAGUUAACCGAAUGACUCGCACGGAAUUCUGUUCUGUACUUAGACUAGACUAAUAGUGCGAUUGCUAUUCUGGCAGAACUCGUACCUAGUGAAUGAGUCAUAAUUGUCGCGUCGUAGUUAGUGACGUUGACGAACGUCGAUCGCAAUUACGAAAAGAAUAAUGUGAUUCAAUCAAAUUCAGUUUGUUACGGAAAAUCGUUGACAGCAGCGCCAUUUCUUGCCAGGCACAGCACACUAUGAUUAGAAGAACAAAACGCGCUCGACUCAUUCUCUGUGUAUCGAUUGGAAGUCUCUCUCUGCUGCUGCUGUUGGUUGUCCUGUUCGUACACACGCAGUGCCUUCGACCGUCCAUCAGCUAUUACCGGAUUCUAGAGGACAGCAUACGGAAUCACCACCCGGAUGAUCGCUCCAAGUAUAUUCUGUUGUACACAAAUUUCUUCGGCAAUCGGAACUGGAACCUGCAAGCGGAAACCGUCGGUCCCGACUUCUUCAGAUCGAUCCAAUGCCCGGUGACGGACUGUGUCCUAACCAACAACCGCGAACUGUUGGCCAGUAUCAGCGACUAUGACGCACUGCUGUUUCACAUCGCGGAAGCAUGGACUUACUCACUGUUCGAGAAGGUACCGAAGAUUCGUUCCCCCCGCCAGAUUUACAUAGCGGCCAACAUGGAAUCGCCGGCCCACACCAAACACCUACUGGAGGGUGAUCAUGACUUCUUCAACUGGACCAUGACGUACCGGUUGGAUUCGGACAUCAUCUGGAAUUACAACAACUUUGUCGAUAUCGAAUCCGGUGACAUAGUAGGCCCUGCCGAGAGACCCCAGUGGCGUACCGGUUGGGAGGAUUACUACAACGAAACACUGUACGAGCUGGCACUGGGAAAAACGAAAAUGGCCGUUCAAUUUGUGUCCCACUGUGGAGCCCACUCCCGGCGGGACGAGUUGGUGCAGGAAAUUCAACGGCUGAUGGAGGUGGACGUGUACGGAAAGUGCGGCACGUUGGAAUGCCCUCGGGGUUCGCCACGCUGUGCUCAGAUGCUAACCGGUGAGUACCGUUUCUAUUUCGCAUUCGAAAACAGUCUCUGCCGGGACUACAUCACCGAGAAGAUGUACAACUCGAUGGAAAGCUACAUUAUUCCGGUGGUGUUCGGCGGGGCGGACUAUGCCAAGUUUGCUCCGCCUCGGUCCUACGUCGAUGUCCAGCAGUUCGGAACAGUGCGCAAACUGGUCGACUAUCUGGACUACCUGGCGACCAACCCCCGCGAGUAUAUCAAGUAUUUUUGGUGGAAGGAACAUUACCGGAUCAGUGGCGAUCAACCGUUCUGUCAGCUUUGUCGGAAGCUGCACGAGAUCGGUGCGCGGGAACGAACGCAGUAUUACCGGAACAUCAAACAGUGGUGGUUCGAUGGGUCAUGUCAGAAAGAUGCCAAAAUAAAAUUCUAACACAGUACACUUUCAACAGGUAUUAACAAAAAAAAA